AUGACCGCAAUCGAAUACGCUCUCGCGGCGGCUGUUCUCCUCCUCUUACUCCCAUAUUUCUCCUCUCUUCUCACAUUCGCGCAAAAUCAUCUCCUAAAGCGGAGCACGAUCACCGAGUAUCGCCUCUCUUCGCGAUCCUAUGCACUAGUCACUGGCGCAAGCGACGGCAUCGGCAAAGGCGUUGCACGAGAGCUAGUCAAACAGGGUUUCAAUGUCGUCAUCCAUGGAAGGAAUAGAGAAAAGUUAGCGAGUGUGAAGAAGGAGCUUCAGGCUCUAGGAAAAGGAACAGACGUCAGAAUCCUCGUAGGUGAUGCAGGGGAGGAGAAUGUCGACUGGGUACGGAUCGCGAAGGAACUCGAGGGACUGGAGAUCACCGUGUUGGUGAAUAAUGCAGGCGGGAUGCCCAUUCCACCUGUGCCGUUUGAUGAACAGCCUUACUCGAGUAUCGAAUCGGGUAUACGGCUGAACGCCAUGUUCCCACUGCGUCUUACGCACCUCCUUCUCGGCCCCAUGCGUUCCCUCCCAGGUCCCACGGCCGUCCUUUUCAUCGGCUCUAUCGCCUCCGAGCUCCCUCCGCCCUACAUGGAGGCAUACGCAUGCUCCAAAUCUUUCCUACAAACGCUUGCCCGGUCGAUCGCCUUCGACGAGCGACGCUUGCUCCACUCGCGCGUCCAGGUGCACUAUGUCCAAACGGCAAAUGUGAAGACACACAAUGGCGUACAUGAGACGAAUAGCUGGGACACACCCGGUGCAGAGAGCUAUGGCCGUGCGGUGGUCAGAAUCGUGGGAUGUGGGAGUCGGGAGGUGUGCCCUUGGUGGGUGCAUGCUGUUCAGCGAUGGGUCGUAUACUCCAUGGGCGAAUGGAUGGCGGAGAAUGUCUUGCUUAUGGCGAUGCCCAAACCAAAGACGGAGUGA